AUAGCAACACUACAUUCCACGUCAACUUUUUGACAGCUUGCUCGCGGAUCUGCUGUUUGUACCUCAACAUUUGUAUUAAUUUUAGAAAAAAAAACAAUCAAAAUGAUUACUGUGUUAAAUACAAUUGAUACCGGCCACGAGGAUAUGAUACACGAUGCAGAGCUGGACUACUAUGGGUUGAGACUAGCCACGUGUUCGUCGGAUAACUCUGUGAAGAUUUAUGACAUCAAAAGCGGCGCCCAAACACUUGCAGCUGACUUGAAAGGACACUUUGGUCCCGUGUGGCAGGUAGCCUGGGCUCACCCAAAGUUCGGAAAUCUGUUAGCCUCAUGUUCUUAUGAUAGAAAAGUGAUCAUAUGGAAGGAGACUGGGGAAUGGACAAAGUUGUACGAGUAUGCAGGUCACGAGAGCUCGGUGAACUCGGUGGCGUGGGCGCCUGCGGAAUAUGGGCUAGUGCUGGCGUGCUGCAGCUCCGACGGCUCCAUCUCCGUGUUGACAUACAACCAGGACGGAAACUGGGAUGUGAAGAAGAUAUCUGGCGCCCAUGCCAUUGGCGUUAAUUCCAUAAGUUGGUGUCCUGCUAUCUCUGCGGAACUUAACUUAGACCCGCUUAAUAAUAAGGAUGCACCCAAGAGAAUUGUUUCAGGUGGAUGUGAUAAUUUGAUCAAGAUUUGGAGAGAGCAAGGAGACCAAUGGGUUGAAGAGAACCGCUUGGAAAUGCAUAUGGACUGGGUGCGAGAUGUUGCAUGGGCACCUUCAGUGGGGCUCCAGCGGUCCAUGAUUGCCAGCUGCUCGCAGGAUAAGAGAGUUGUCAUCUGGACCAGUGAUGAUAAUGUCUCCUGGACACCCACCAUUCUGAACACAUUUGAUGAUGUUGUGUGGAGCGUGAGCUGGUCUCUAACAGGUAACAUCCUGGCUAUCUCAGGAGGCGAUAACAAAGUUAGCCUCUGGAGGGAGGGCAGCGAUGGUCAGUGGGUGUGCAUCAGUGAGGUAGCCAAGGGAUUGGGACAAACACCAAAUGAUGAAAGGAGUACACUGUAAUUCUAAACUAAUUGUAUUACUAAAUCUUGUUAAAUAUGUAAUCAUUUGCUAAUGAUAAUAAUGAUUGUACUUUUCACUGGAA